AUGUACCGUGGAAAAGAAAUCAUAGAAGAUGUGAACCAACAGUUCAAUAUUAGCAUCUCCUACAAACAAGCAUUACGAGCAAAGAUGUAUGCCUUGCAACUGUUGAGGGGGACCCUUGAAUCACCGUUUAGCCUACUCCCGGUUUAUUGUCACAAUUUGAAGAUAGCAAAUCCGGGGACUAUGAUAAAGACCGCUGUUGAUGGACUUGGACAACUCAACAUGUUGUUUGUCGCACUCGGUUGUUCGAUUCGCUCGUUUCUAAGACACCUGAGACCGCUCCUUAUAAUGGACGGUGCCCAUUUGAAGGGGACAUAUGUGGGCACCAUGUUCUUAGCGGUCGGCAUGAAUGGAAACAAUGGGAUCGUACCCAUUACAAUUAGAGUGGGGAACACAGAAAGUGGCCCGUCAUGGAUAUGGUUUUUACAUAAGCUGAGGCAGUGUAUCGGUGAAGUGCCCAAUUUAACCUUCUUAACCGAUAGGGCUGCCUCUAUCGACUUGGUCAUACGAAAUGUAUUCCCCAACGCGCACCACAGAUUUUGUUGUCGGCAUCUGAGCCAGAACUUGCGCCUAACCUCUAGUAAAGACAAAAUGAAAAGGUGGAUGUUCUGGGAGGCAUGCAAAGCUUAUAGGGUGUCAGACUUUGAAGCUACAAUGGAUUUGAUGCGGCACAAUCUACCUAACGCCGCUCAAAUGACGAAUGCAAUGACUCCUUGGAUGGAGGCGAAAAUAGAAAAGAUAAUUCAUAUAAGUGCAAAUUGGAAGGUAUAUCCCAUUAGCGAUUUGUUAUUUGAAGUUGACGACAGGUAUAAGAAAGGAACAUGCAAUUUGCAUGCUAAAGGUUGUACAUGGAUGCAAUGA